AGUGGGUCAGAAUUAGGGUCUUUCUCGGCAGCUUAGGUUUUGUGCCCCUGCCUCCCAGUGCCCGAGAAGUCUCGUCCUCCCCAGGUAGUGAUUAAUGUCCAUACGGAAGUGCGCACUCAGGCUAAGGCACAAGCUGCAGAUACAGAGUCCUUUCAGUCUAAAACACCCAGCGGCCUUACUUUGCAGUAUCUCAUAUGUGAAGGAGACGAGAAGCCGUCACAACUGGUGCAUUUCUUAUGUCAGCAUCGGCAAAAUAAAAUCAUACUGUUAGUGCACCCAACCAUCAAGGUUACGGGGCAGCUAGAGUAACAUAACAGUUUCGUCUAUGGGAGCCAGCAAUGAUGAGUUUGCUUGGAAUGACUGCGGUUACUUCAACACGAGUAUUGUCGUUCUAGUCUCAUUGUUUUGGCUGAGCCAUGCUUUUGUCCUCGAGUUUUGUGUGCAGGUACUUUAUGACGUGUGCUUGUGUUGACUACUGGGCUAUCAUGCUCCCUCAAUUGGAGUCUCUGUCGGGCCUACAAGCUGUUGCGCUUCAUGGAAAGAUGAAACAGGAUAGCGAAGAAGGAAUUAGAAUUUAUUCGGAGGAAAACGAUUCUUCAGUUCGCCCUGCGGAGGAAAGUAACUCUAACGAGGCCGCGGGGGACAAUGAGGAUAGUAAAGGCGGAGAAGGGAGUCCAAGGGAAAGAUUUAAGUGUGUUGUUUGUGGAAUUACACCAUUGAAGCCGUCGUUAUUGAAGCAACACUUGCGUGCUCAUUCUGCAGAGAGGCCAUUUUCUUGCUCAUUUGAGAAUUGUGGUAGACAGUACAAACGUCAAGACCAUCUCAAUCGUCAUUUACUCACGCACAAAGGCAACCUGUUUUUCUGCACAUGGGAGGGGUGCGAUCUCUCAUUUAAUGUGAAUGCGAACCUUCAGAGGCAUCUAAGGCUUCAUAAGAAGUGGGAUUCAAAUGUACUGCGAGGAACCAAAGUGGAGGAUAAUGCUCGUUUAACAUGUUCUGAACCAGGAUGUGGGAAAGUGUUCAAAUAUCCAUCUUUGCUGCAGACGCACAUUGAGAGCGUGCAUGAUUCUUCGCCAGUCACUCAAGGAAUAUGCGUGGAACCUGGUUGCGGGGAAAUUUUCGAUAGCCUCUCUCAGUUAAAAGCACAUAUCAAGGUUGCACACUGUUAUGUUGUGUGUGAAACUUGUGGUGUAUCCAUGUUGAAAAACAAACUCAAAUCCCACACCCAAACACAUGAAGGAGUGCAGACCUUGAUUCGGUGUCCACACCCUGGUUGCGUGCACAGUUACACCAAGAAGUCAAACUUGGAUACACACAUCCGAGUAAUUCAUCAGAAUGUGAAGCCCUAUGAUUGCUCUCAUGCUGGCUGUGAAAUGCGGUUUGCGUAUAAAGUGGUUCGUGAUAAGCACGAAAAGAGUGGUGUACAUGCGCAACCGGAAUUGGGAGGGAAUUUCGAAGCUGAAGAUUUAGAGUUUAGUUUGAAAUCACGAGGCGGUAGAAAAAGACUGAGACUCAAUCAAGUAGAUGAUCUCCUGCCCCGAAAGCAUGUAUCCCAGCCUCAUGAAUAGAUGGUCGAUUUUGUUACAUUUUUACAGCAUUAGUCUUAGCUUGAAGAUAAAUGUGUCAUUGUAAUUCUUUUUUUUGGUGUAUAUACAUUUUAUUAAUGUAAAUGCGCAGCUCGCUAUUAAGAGAACUUAGAGAAUCCGUCAA